AUGAAUACGUUGAAUCCGAAGUCGAUUGUACGUUGCAUAGGCUGUUUAUGUGAAGAAAGUGUAUCAACAUUCAAAUUAAAAAGUGAACUUUUGCGGGUCGUUUUUCAGGAGGAUUGUUUAAAACUUUGUUAUAUUUGUAAGAAAUUGGCAUGUAACGCAGAUUUAUUUGUGAGAACAGUUCAGACUAAUCAAUUAAGGCUGCAGAGUUUAAUAAAUGGCUCUGAUAUCACAGACCUUAAGAUAGAAUCUCACCCAAUUCUUCAGUUACAAACUAAAAUUAUAGAUCUAGAUAGUCAUGAAAUAGAUGAACUCACACCAAGAAUAGAACAAACCAGUAAUAUUGGAGUGAAGUUAGAGAAAAAUGAUGAAAGAGAUGAUGAAGUGUGUGAUGAAAUCCAGGAUGGAUCGGAUAAUAAUGCAGAAUGUGAUUUGCCGUUAAUUAAACAAGAAGAUGUUAAAGACAUUAAAAUUGAACUAAGUUUUCUAGAUAAGGAUGAAAUGAUUAAAAAAUGUAAAAAAAAAGUCAUAAAAAAGAAAACAGCUAGGAAAAAAGUAGAAUCAUUUAAUGAAAACACAGACGAUAGAACUGAUGAGACACCAAACAUAAUAUUAGUGAAUAUAUCAACAGAAGACUUUAUGAGAGAACGUGAAGAAAUGGCGAAGAAAAAUCUUUACAUGGCUGCCAAGUACAAGUGCAAGGAUUGUAUAAAAGGUUUCAUAUACAAGGAAAUAUAUGAUAAACAUAUGAAACUGCAUUUAAAGAGUAAUGGUAAAUACAUGUGUGAAAUUUGCAAGCAAAGAAUGGAUUCAGUAGAAAAAUUAGCGAGGCACAAGAAAAAGCAUUUAAUUCGUUAUAAAUGCCAGGAAUGCGGAAUAAUAAGGAAUAAUCAUAGCACAAUAAAGGAUCAUUAUACAUCAGUACAUAAUAAGCAAAACAUACUCUACCAAUGUCCGGACUGUUCUAGAGAGUUCUUAACCAGUGGAGCCCUUCGCCGACACAAACAUUACAGACAUAAAAAGAAUAGAAUUACCUGCGAUAUUUGCUUGAAGUCAUACGUCACCAAAUACUAUUUGAGGAAGCACAUUCAAUUACAACAUUCGGGAGAUAAUUCCUUUAGUAAAUGGCAGGAGUCCCGGUGCAAUUACAAGUGUGAGGAAUGUGGUAAGGCGUUCUCGGCCCCGUCUCAACUUAAAAACCAUAUGAUUAAGCACUCUGACACGAGGAGCUUUUACUGCGUUGAGUGUAAUAAAACGUUCAAAACCGAGAUAUCUUUAAAUCAACAUUUAAAAACGCUGCCACACGUCGAAUACUCUGAAUUACCCCUCCAAUGUGACCAAUGCGACAAGCGAUUUCGUGCUAAAAGAGAUUUAGCCAAUCACAUGAACAGAAUACAUCUCGGGACAAAACCUUAUCAGUGUGACAAAUGUGAAAAGGGUUAUGCGGACCAAUGGAGUUUGACAGAACACAUUAGGUAUAAACACGAAGGGGUGGUAAAACCUAGGAAAUACCCAUGUACUAUAUGUGAUAAAGUAUUUAAGACAAACAGUACAUGCAAAAUGCAUAUACGCACGCACACAGGUGAACGCCCAUACAAAUGUACGAAAUGUCCGGCGUCUUUUUCACAAUCAGGAAUCUUAAACACACAUGUAAAAUUAGUGCAUCUAAAGCUGACUAGAGACGGAAGACCUAAAGUCAGCGCAAUUGAUAAACCGCGAUAUGAUUAUAAUUAA